GGUGUCGUUCCUAAACCUCUUUAUUCCAAUUCUGCAUUCCAAGUUUGGAGGCAGCUCAGUCCAUUCAUAAAUCUGCAAUUGCUUCCCAUCUUAACGGACUCUCAGAAGCAACUGGAUCGUUUUGAGUAUUUCACGUGCAAGCAGAGUUCUAAGAUUUUCGAAGCUUAUCUUUAGGCUUGUAAGCUGGAACUUGAACUGCCAUGGAUCAUGUUUUUGUUGGCGAAAACACGGAAGCAAAACUCUACAUUGGUAACCUUGAUAUGAGAAUAACAGAGGCUGCUCUACUCAAGAUGUUUUCUCCGUUUGGGAAGAUCGUACAUGAGGAAUUUUUGCUGCAUACUCGUGGCCGCAAACGUGGAGAGCCUCGAGGCUUUGCUUUCAUCCAGUAUAGUAGUGAAGAGGAAGCAAAAUUGGCCAAGGAGAAGAUGCACGGGAGACUAGCUUGCGGGCGCCCAUUAGUCGUCCGUCUUUCCAGCGAAAAAUACUCAAUACAAGAAACAGAGAACCCUUCCAGACAAGCCGGCAACGCCACCAAAACAAGCCUUUCGGCCAGCAGUUCAGGACAGAUGAGUCGGACCUCCAAAAUAGCAGCAAUCAAGAACAAACUGAAAGCUCUGGAGGGCGAGGGCUUUAGCGCCAAGAAGCAGAAGCAAGACAACGCCUCUUGCAGCAGUAGCCUUGAUCAUCCAUCAGGCCAAAGAUAACAAACUAGAACUCUCUAAAUCUUGCUAAAGCUGUAAUUCCCCUAACUUCACCGGAAUUGAACACGAAAUGCAUUGGAUUUUUAGAUCUCAGGAUCACAUCAGAUGUUUGAUAUUGUAAACUUCAUGCAUCUCCUUCCUUUCUCAAGCCAUUCUUACAACUCAAGCAACUUCAUUAUUUUUUA